AAAUAAUCGAAUAAAUUCGUUACUAAGGGUAUAAAAAGUGCAACCAGUGCAAGCAAAACAUUAGUUUAACCAGUAAACUACACGAAGUAUACGGCAUGCAAAAGACAAUCCUUCCAAUCAUCGCCUUGGCCCUGUUCGGUCUUGCCAAUGCACAAAUCCGAUCUAAAGGUGCCUGCCCAAGUCCGGCAGUACAGAGUUACUUCAACUUAUAUGCAUAUAUGGGCACCUUUUACGAAUAUGCCAAGUAUCCUUCUGCUUUGGAGGGUAACUCCAAGUGUGUGAGAACAGUACACACCCAAAAAAGUAAAAAUGUGAUGCACAAGGUGGAUACAUUGGUUGAUCCAACUACCGGCAAAAGCAGCGAUUAUGUCGCUACUGCCACGCAAAUUUCAAAUGGUAAGUUCACAAUUCACUACUCUGGUCAAGUAACUCCCAACAACUUUUGGGUUUUGUUCACCGAUUACAUUAGCUACGCUGUUGUUUACACCUGCGAACCCGCUAGUGGCAACACACAUAAAACGUGGAUUUGGAUCCUUACCCGCCAACGAGUACCAUCUGCUGCCACUGUGGCGAAGGCUAAAAAUGUUGUGAGCUCAAGUGGAUUUGAUCCCUCGCUAUUGACUGUUACGGAUCAAAGCAAAUGCUAAGCAGCAGCUUCUGAUGAUUUCUCCCAAAUGCUGGAAAACCCCAAUUGAAUGGACUGGCUUGGAAUUAUGAAUAAGCUGGCUAUUCAGUUAAGCAAAAAGCUAAAUAAAUAUGAAUUCUUAACAACUGGAAUUGAUAAAAAUAACUUCUUACUAAAUAUAUGUAGUAUCAAAUAAAUAAAUUCUUGAAAAUUAAAAUGUUCCAUAUGAAUUUCGCA